CAAUGCUGUAGAUCACGUUUAAGCAUUGUCUUUCCAUUGCAUUGGUAUUUACCUUACCUUAGGUACCUAGGUACGUAGGUAGGUAUUCAUUCACCUUACCUAUAAUCAGCUAGGCGAGCCUGGAUUUUCCUGCACUACUAUCAGCAAUUUCCCACAUAACAAAAAAUACAUUCGCAAUCUGCUGCAAUUGAUGUGACAAUGUCACACCUUUUGGCACGUCGAUUACUGGGCGCUGUGGCUAAGCCUUCGUUCCGGACCUGGACCCGGGCGCCGACCUUGAACCAACAGGCAGUUCGACAUGAACAUGUCAACGUCAAGGCCAGCAAUGCCAAGAAUGAUUUCGUAUCAUUGCCUAUAGUCUCGAUUUCAAGUCCAGACUUCAUCACUUUACCAACCGCACAUCUUAAAAGAAGGCGAAAUAUACAAACGACUGCUCGACGGGAAGCAUUUGACAACUGUCGCUGCACCGAGUGUGUGAACCAGGAUACUAUGCAGAGAAACUUUGAUACCUUUUCCAUCCCCCGUGAUAUACGCCCUGUUGAAGCUGUUAUCGAAGGCGACGAUCUGCACGUUACCUUCAUAAUAUCUCUACUACAAGGGGACCACGAAAACCACCGUAGCGUCUAUUCGUUAGACUUCAUCUGUAGCUACCUAUUUCGCAACUGCAACUCACCCGGAUUUCAAGCACCUGUCUUAUGGACUGCCCCCGAUAUUCAAAAUGACCCUCCGACAGUUGCAUUUGAUGAGGUCAUGAACCCAGACUCGGAGGAAGGAAUUGCAAAAUUAACCAAUUUGAUUCAAUCACAUGGCUUCGCCUUUGUGUCCAACACUCCUGUGUCUCCCCACGAGACAAAAAGAUUGUUGGAGCAUAUCGGCCCAAUCCGCAAUACACACUAUGGCGGCUUCUACGACUUUAUUCCAGACCUGGCCCUGGCCGACACGGCGUACACGAAUCUUGCCCUUCCUGCCCACACCGACACCACCUACUUCACCGAGCCCGCACGCCUGCAGGCUUUCCACCUCCUCUCUCACCACCCUCCUCCAUCAACUCCGUCGGGCGCCGUAGCCGAAGGUGGCAAAUCGCUACUCGUCGACGGCUUCAAAGCGGCCGACAUCCUAAAGGAAGAAGACCCACAUGCGUACAACAUCCUGACCAAGCAAGUAGUACCCUGGCAUGCUAGCGGGAAUAAGGGCAUCGCCAUCAGGCCGAGCCGCAUGGUCCCGGUGUUGGAAACGACAGGUACCCGCCGGAGCCUCAUGCGUGUGCGAUGGAACAACGACGAUCGUGGGGUGCUGCCUUUUUUCGGAAAGGAGGGGAACGAAGCGCGUUGGUAUGCGGCGGCAAGGAAAUGGAACGAGACCAUCAAGAUGAAGGAGAUGGAGUACUGGGUGCAGCUCACCCCCGGUAACGUACUGAUUUUUGACAACUGGCGAGUCCUCCACGGUAGGAGCGCCUUUGAGGGUGUCAGGAGGAUCUGCGGAGGUUACAUCAAUCACGACGAUUUUAUGUCCCGCUGGAGAAAUACCAACUUCUCUCCAAAGGUGGUCCGUCGGCAGGUGGUUGGGUGAGGGGUUGAUGUAGAGGUAGUGCAGACAGACUGUGCCAUUCGGGACAAGGCUAUCCUUCUAACCGAUCGCGAUUAAGCUGACCUCACCAUAGAUGGCAAAAGAUAAGCAAGCACCAAUUGCUUUUUGAAAACUUGGUUACUGCUUGCAGAAAGUUGGUGCCAAGCAUAACCUUGUUCAUGAAUCAGGGGCAUUACAAGUUCCCCACAAUCAGUUCGGAGCCCCUCCAAAUCUGAUCACCCACAUUCACCAGCCCUCUGGUCUUCUUACAGUGAGUGUGUGUGGUACGACACCUAUUCUAGGCCUAGGGAGAAUUGAACAAGAUCUACAAUACAAACCAAACCUACCACCACUACCACCAAACAUAAGCCUUGGCGUCCUUGGGUUUUAUUGAUUAGAUACUUGCUCUCUUGAAUUCAUGUAUGCCAAUGUUUUUUUUUAUCAGCAACCAGCAGCAAUAAACUUGACGAGUCGCCGAUAAAACUCAGUGACUUAAGACGAAACAUUACGAACGAAAUCCUUGGGCUGCAUUCAAGCGCUCCACUAUAGACGUCAUUGCCCGCCAUGUGUUGCUCGCCCGCGAAAGAGCACGUAGCUGCGGGCGCCCUUCCGUUCUUGUGCUGCCACGUCUCGUAGUGGGCGAUUAUAUGGACCUCGCUGAGUACCUUUUUGGUUCAUCCCACCUUUGUUGUUGUAUGGGUUCCCACAAACCACGCUUGCCCAAAGACAUUGACUACUAUACAAGCACACAAGCACACGUAUACACCCAUCAAUAAGAAACAUACAAAAAAGCAAAGAUGGCGGAAACCAUGAAGGACGGCAAGUUUCCCCACGACAACAUGGUGGCACCCAAGUCGAACCGCGUCAUGCCCCUCUUCUCGCUCAAGGGCCGCACCGCCAUCGUGUCUGGCGCCGGUGCCGGCAUCGGACUUGCUGUGGCGGAGGCGUUUGCCGAGGCUGGCGCCAACGUUGCCAUCUGGUUCAACAGCAAUAAGGAGGCGCACGAACGCGCAAAGGAUAUCGAGCGCGAGUAUGGUGUUACUUGCAAGGCAUACCAAGUCAACGUAACGUCGUACGAGGAGGUUGAGAAGGCGAUCAACCAAGGCGUCAAGGACCUCAACGGCCGCCUCGACGUCUUCGUGGCCAACUCUGGCGUCGCGUGGGAGCAGGGUCCCCUGCUGGACGGCGGGCUUGACCACUACAAGAAGGUCAUGACGACCAACAUGGACGGCACCAUCUACUGCGCGCGGGUUGCGGGACAGCAUUGGAGGCGGCAAAAGAAGGAAGGGACCACCAUCGACGGCAAGCCGCUCGAGAACUACACGUACGGCAGCUUCAUCGCGACGGGAUCCAUGAGCGGUCACAUCGUCAACGUGCCACAGCUGCAGACGGCUUACAACGCGGCCAAGGCCGGCAUUAUCCACAUGUGCCGCAGCCUGGGAGUUGAGUGGACCGGGUUCGCCAGGGCAAACUCGGUGUCGCCGGGCUACAUCAACACCGAGAUCUCGUCCUUUGCCCCGCCAGAGGUCAAGAAGGCCUGGAAGGACAAGAUCCCCAUGGGCAGGGAGGGAGAGACGAGCGAACUCAAGGGUGUCUACUUAUACCUGGCUUCGGAUGCGUCGUCGUACACGACCGGGACGGAUAUCUGCGUCGAUGGUGGGUACGCGGCGCCGUGAUUGGGUGGUAGACUAUAAUGAGGUUGUGGGGGAAAAUGUUGUGGAAUGUAGACUGGGACUUUUGAUUCAAUUGGCUCGGUUGGGUUUCGGAGCGGAAAAGAGUGUGGUAGUAAGAAUUACGAGAUAUCAGCUUAAUGUCCAGGGGAG